CCGACGCAAGAUGGCGGCGGAUGCAACAACGGAGCUGCUUUUUUUGGAUACUUUCAAACACCAGAGCACUGAGCAAAGCAGUAAUGUAGAUGUGGUUCGCUUUCCAUGUGUAGUUUACAUCAACGAAGUGCGUGUGAUUCCUCCAGGAAUAAGAGCUCACUCUAACUUACCUGAAAGUAGAGCUUAUGGUGAGACAUCUCCUCAUACAUUUCAGUUAGACCUGUUUUUCAACAAUGUCAGCAAACCAAGUGCACCUGUAUUUGACAGGCUAGGAAGCCUGGAGUAUGAUGAAAACUCUUCAAUAAUUUUCAGGCCCAACGCAAAGGUAAACACUGAUGGCUUAGUUUUAAGAGGCUGGUAUAAUUGCUUAACACUGGCAAUAUAUGGCUCUGUUGAUAGAGUGGUGGGCCAUGAUAGAGACUCUCCUCCUCCUCCACCACCACCACCACCACCUCCUCAGCAACAACAAGCUUUGAAAAGAACUCCAAAAUUAGCUGAUGGAGAGAAAGAGGAACAGUUCAAUGGCAGCCCUCCCCGGCCUCAACCUAGAGGACCAAGAACCCCACCUGGCCCCCCUCCUCCUGAUGAUGAUGAAGAUGAGCCAAUGCCUGUAUCAGUUGCUGGAGAAAAAGAUGAUGAUGUUGAUCACAGAGAUUAUUUUGAGCCCAUUUCUCCUGAUCGGACUUCCAUUCAUCAAGAAGGUCCAUAUUCUGAUGAGGCAGAAGUGGAAGAAGAACAAGCAGAAGAAAUGGAUGAUGAUGAAGAAGGUGUGGAUGUUGACGAGGAAGAGGAUGAGGAAGAGGAUGAUGAUGGUCAAACGGUAGAUAGCAUUCAGGAUGAUGAAGAGGAUGAUGAUGAGGAUGAAGAUGAGGAUGACGAUGAGGAUGAGGAAGAAGAGGAAGAAGAGGAUGAAGAGGAAGAAGGUGAAGGAGAUGAUGGUUAUGAACAGAUUUCAAGUGAUGAAGAUGGAAUUGCUGACUUGGAACGAGAGACGUUUAAAUAUCCAAGUUUUGACAUUGAAUACACUGCUGAAGAUUUGGCCAGAGUGCCACCUGUAACCUAUGAUCCUUUUGAUAGGGAGCUUGGACCUCUUUUAUAUUUCAGUUGCCCCUACAAGACCACUUUUGAGGUGGAAGUUGCCAAGAUGAGAGAUCAAGAUCUAGAGAAGGAAAACAGUGGGGCAAUAGAGAGUUCUGUUAAAUUGACUGAGGUCCUUGAAUUAUAUCAGGAGGAGAGAGGUGCAAAGUGGGUCACAGCUUUGGAAGAAAUACCCAGUUUAGUAGUAAAAGGACUAAGUUACUUGCAAUUAAAGGAUACAAGCCAGGAUUACCUAAGCCAGUUGAUUGACUGGACAAUGCAGUCUUUAAAUCUUCAAGUAGCCUUGAGACAACCGAUUGCGUUGAACGUCCGUCAGCUGAAAGCUGGGACAAAACUUGUCUCUUCGCUGGCAGAAUGUGGAACUCGAGGAAUAGAAGCACUCUUGCAAGGGGGAGUAAUUGAUUCUUUAUUUGAGUUGCUCUUUGCAGAUCAUGUAUCCUCUUCCCUUAAACUCAAUGCUUUCAAAGCUUUGGAUAGUGUUAUUAGCAUGACUGAAGGGAUGGAGGCUUUUUUGAGGAAUAGUUUGGAGGCCAAUGAAAAAAGCGGCUAUCAGAGGCUGUUGGAACUUAUUCUGCUGGACCAGACUGUGAGGGUGGUCACUGCAGGUUCUGCCAUUUUACAGAAAUGUCACUUCUACGAGAUUCUGUCCGAGGUCAAAAAAAUUGGUGACCAGCUAGCAGAAAAUUCUCCCCCCCUUCCAAAUCAUUCUGAGUCUGAGCAGGAUCCAGAUGCUGGACCUGAAAGAGGCAACCAGGAAUAUGAUAAUGAUGUAGAUGCUCCAAUGGAUAUGGACAAUAUUUUGGAGUCCUCCACUAUGAAUGAAGGAGAAAUGGAAAAACUCAUUAACAUUUUAGAUGAAAUUUUGCAUUUGAUGGAGACAGCCCCGCACACCAUGGUGCAGCCACCUGUGAAAUCUUUUCCAACAACAGCACGUAUUACAGGGCCUCCAGAAAGAGAUGAUCCUUUUCCAGUUCUGUUCAGGUAUCUUCACAACCACAGUUUUUUGGAGUCUGUCACAUUGCUGUUGUCCAAUCCAAUAACAAAUGUGCACCCUGGAGUGCUUCAGUCUGUCAGAGAUAUUCUGAGGUUUUUAGCACAGUCACAGAAAGGUCUCCUUUUUUUCCUCUCUGAAUACGAAGCCACUAAUUUGCUGGUCCGAGCAUUUUGUCAAUUUUCGGAUCCCGAUCAAGAAGAAGGCCUGCAAACCGAUGGGGCAGGCGAUGAAGCAUUUCCCUUAUGGCUUCUUCAUUCGACCCAGACGCUGCAGUGCAUUUCAGAACUAUUCAGCCACUUCCAGCGUUGCACAGCCACUGAUGAAACUGACCAUUCGGAUCUCCUGGGAACACUUCAUAAUCUUUACUUGAUCACAUUCAACCCCGUAGGAAGAGCUGCUGUUGCCCAUGUCUUCAGCCUUGAGAAGAAUCUCCAGAGCCUUAUUACUUUAAUGGAGUUCUAUUCCAAAGAAGCAUUAGGUGAUUCCAAAUCCAAAAAGUCAGUUGCCUACAAUUAUGCCUGCAUCCUUGUUCUACUGGUGGUACAGUCUUCAAGUGAUGUCCAGAUGCUUGAGCAGUACUCAGCACCCCUGCUGAAGCUUUGCAAAGCAGAUGAAAAUAAUACAAAGUUACAAGAACUUAAUAAAUGGUUGGAGCCAUUGAAAACAAUCCGAUUCGAAAUUAAUUGUAUCCCAAAUCUCAUUGAAUAUAUUAAACAGAACAUUGAUAGCUUGAUGACUCAGGAAGGAGUUGGUCUUCCUACAGCACUUCGUGUCUUGUGUCAUAUUGCAUGUCCUCCACCUCCUGUUGAAGGUCAGCAGAAGGACCUUAAAUGGAACCUUGCAGUUAUUCAGCUCUUCUCUUCUGAAGGAAUGGACACAUUUAUCAGAGUUCUGCAAAAACUAAACAGCAUUCUUAUUCAGCCCUGGAGACUCCAUGUCAACAUGGGAACAACUCUUCACAGAGUCACUACAAUCUCCAUGGCCCGAUGUACUCUCACACUUUUGAAGACCAUGUUAACUGAAUUGCUACGGGGAGGAUCCUUUGAAUUUAAAGAUAUGCGUGUUCCUUCAGCACUUAUUUCUUUACACAUGCUUUUAUGUUCUAUAACCCUCUCUGGGCGUUUGGACAGUGAUGAACAGAAAAUCCAGAAUGAUAUUGUUGACAUCUUGUUGACUUUCACCCAAGGCGUUAAUGAGAAGUUAACUAUCUCCGAAGAAACUCUAGCCAAUAAUACUUGGUCGCUAAUGCUCAAAGAGGUUCUUACUUCUGUUCUAAGAAUCCCAGAAGGAUUUUUCUCUGGCCUCAUAUUGCUUUCAGAACUACUGCCUCUUCCUCUGCCUAUGCAGACCACUCAGGUUAUUGAACCACAUGAUCUAUCAGUAGCUCUCAAUACUAGAAAACUUUGGAGCAUGCAUCUUCAUGUCCAGGCAAAAUUAUUGCAAGAAAUAGUACGAUCCUUUUCUGGCUCCACUUGCCAGCCUAUUCAGCAUAUGCUAAGGCGCAUUUGUGUACAGUUGUGUGACUUGGCCUCACCAACGGCUCUCCUUAUUAUGAGAACUGUCUUAGAUCUACUUGUAGAAGAUCUGCAAAGCAACCCAGAAGAUAAGGAGAAACAAUACACUGUUCAGACAACCCGCUUGCUUGCUUUAUUUGAUGCUCUGGCUUCUCACAAAGCUUGUAAAUUGGCUAUUUUGCACCUGAUUAAUGGAACUGCUAAAGGCGAUGAAAAAUAUACUGAAGUUUUCCUAGAACUUUUGUCUUUGAUGCAAACUCCAGGGGAAAACAUAAUUCAUCAGCAGUGUGCAGAGUACUUAGCUUCUAUUUUGCAGUCCUUCUGUGACCAGGACAUUGCCCUGAUUUUGCCCAGUUCCUCAGAAAGCACUCUUUCUGAAUUGGAGCAGCUUUCCAAUUCAUUACCAGGCAAGGAACUCAUGGCUUCCAUCUGUGAUUGCCUGAUAGAAACAGUUAUUAAUGCCGAAAGCAGCUAUACCUGCUUGCUGACUUGUAUCAGGACAAUGAUGUUCCUUACAGAGCACAAUUAUGGAUUCUAUCAUUUGAAAAGUUCUCUGGCAAAACAUUGUGGGGCUCUGCAAACAGUACUGAAGAGAAUAGUGAGCAGCUUCAGUAAAGACACAGGAGAACUGGCCUCUUCCUUUCUGGAUUUUAUGAGACAGAUACUAAAUUCUGAUCCUUUGGGAUGUUGUGGGGAUGAUGGGAGUCUUGUGGAAGUAGAUGGAAGUCAUCCCACCAGAACACUGGGUCUUAGCACUGCAGAAUUAAAAUAUCAGUUGCAAACCAAAGAAGAGACUCCUGAAAACCUGCUCCUUGAACUGGAGAAACUGGUUUUGGAGUGUUCUAAGGAAGAAGAGACCUUGGAAUCGUUACUGGAUAAUGUUGUUGGACUUAGGCAGAUGUUGGAAUCUGCUGGAGAGGCUUGUCCUCUAAGUGAUCAAGAUGCGGAACCAAUUUUGCCUGCUCCAGAAUCUCUCCAACAUCUAUUUAAUAAUAGGACUAUGUACAUCUUGGCAGAUGUGAUGGAUGACCAGUUGAAGUCUAUGUGGUUCUCACCAUUCCAAGCUGAAGAAAUUGAAACUGACCUUGACAUGGUGAAAGUUGACUUAAUUGAACUGUCAGAAAAAGGAUGUAGUGACUUUGAUCUGCAAGCAGAGUUGGAGAGGUCAUUUGUGACAGAGCCUUCCUCUCCUGGUCGGACCAAAACCACAAAAGGCUUUAAACUUGGAAAACACAAGCAUGAGACAUUUAUAACUUCUAGUGGAAAGUCGGAAUACAUUGAACCUGCCAAGAGGGCUCAUAUUGUACCUCCCCCUAGAGGAAGAGGGAGGGGAGCCUUUGGCCAAGGCAUCCGCCCUCAUGACAUCUUCCGUCAGAGGAAACAGAACACCAGCAGGCCGCCCUCCAUGCAUGUGGAUGAUUUUGUAGCUGCAGAGAGCAAAGAGGUGGUUCCGCCGGAUGGGAUCCCUCCUCCCAAGAGGCCACCUAAAGUUUCGCAGAAAAUUUCUUCCCGUGGUGGCUUCUCAGGGAACCGUGGAGGGCGGGGAGCCUUUCACAGCCAAAACAGAUUCUUCACACCACCUGCUUCGAAAGGAAAUUACAGUCGUCGUGAAGGAGCCAGGGGAUCAAGCUGGAGUGCCCAAAGCUCCCCCCGAGGAACUUACAGUGAAAGUCGAGGCGGACAGAGCAAUUUCAGCAGAGGCCCACUUCCCCCUCUGAGGCCUUUAAGUUCUGCGGGCUACCGGCCAAGCCCCCGUGAUCGUGCAUCCAGAGGUCGUGGUGGAAUUACACCAUCUUGGGCAAGUACCAACAGCAGUGGUAGUGGUGGUUCAAGAGGAAAGUUUGUUAGCGGAAGCAGUGGAAGAGGACGUCACGUUCGUUCCUUUACUCGAUAAACGGAUCUCUGAGAACAUUCUGACUCUGAACAUUUCAAGAUGAUGGUGAAAUACUUAAAUAUAUUCGAGGACCAGUGCUUUCUGGUACCUGAGGGCAGCAAGAUAUUAUUUUUUUUAGGGAUUCAAUUUUGUUUCAUACAAGACCAGAGAUUUCAAUAAAACUGUCUUUUUUGUGUGUGUUA